UGGUAUAAGAGGUAGCGCCUACGUGGAACAGCACGAGUUUCACUUGUGUCGCGAGUGUGCCGGUAGUUCAAUAAAAUCUGGAAGGAAAUUCAAUUGUUACUUCAACAUGAUAAAAUUUAGUUUAUCGCUAUUCUCACUUAUCGCGGUGCUGGGUAUUGUUUCUGGACAAGGAAAUGGAAAUCUGAAACAUCUUCUAUUGGGCGAUUUGAAUCAGUUUUUACUUGACGGACCACCGCAGCCGGCCAUCUACGGAAACCCGAAUCACUGUAUAUCGAAAUUAUGGUCCACUGAGUGCCCGACUGAUCCGCAGCCGUAUUUGAUACCUAUGACACCUUCAAUAAUUGAAUAUAUUCUUAACCUUCACAACUACUUGCGUAGAAGCAGUGACAAUAGCGAGAAAACGAUCCCCUUACGCUGGAGCUACGAAUUGGAAAACUUAGCUGAAUCUAAUGUUAGGCAAUGUAAGGUCGCUCAUGAUGAUUGUGUGUCCACGUCUUACAAGUCAACCGGACAGAACCUGGCACUUAAUGUCUAUACGGGAACAUUGAAUGCUCGAACCGAUGCCGAGUUGGUAUUGGCAUCCGUUCAGUCAUGGUGGAACGAGUACAAGGCUAGUAAGAGAGAGAAAAUUGGCUUGGGCCUGAGCUUAGUUGUAGGUUGUGCCGCCUCUAGAUACUAUUCAAAAGGUUCGCAUAAUUUUCUAAUGACCUGCAACUACGCUACAGUCGAUGCUUAUGGUCGUCUUGAGCGUGUUCAAGCAGGAGGUCCUAAGGGUGCCAUCGGCAUCAUAUUUUAAAGAAGGCUUUAUUCUUGAAAAACGGUUACGUUAAGUCUAACCAUAUCAAUUCGAUAUUUUCACAAGUUGUAUAAAUAAAGCUAAGCAUACAUCAA